AUGAAGGAAGUUGCAUUUUGUAGAGAAGAUGAGCACGAUGCCGCAGCCCAGAACUUGCAAAAUGAGAAAUGUGGUAACAGAGCUACAUGGACAGUAAUAUUUGAGGAUUCUGUGGACAGUGCUGCCCUUCAAUCUCUACAACCGCUGCAAUCUCCUCCACCAGCACCAUCUUUCACUGUUGUACAGAGAAUGAAGCGUGUCGUUUGUCUCAUCCUUGAUGUUUCAGGAAGCAUGGCAGGCUCUAGGAUUCUUCGACAGCGGCAAGCCGCCACACAUUUCCUGCAGUACAUCAUCGAAGAUCAAGCCGUUGUGGGAAUCGUAACCUUUAGCAAUGAAGCUUACAUUCUUAAAAAAUUGACUCAUAUUGACAAUGAUAUCACAAGAAAGGAGCUGAUCAAAUCAUUGCCAACCACAGCAGGUGGAGGGACAUACAUCUGUAAAGGCCUCUUUAAAGGCUUAGAGGUACUUAGAGAGGACAAUUUGGAUGCAUUAGGAGAUGAAAUCAUUUUUCUCACUGAUGGCGAGGCAUCAGACAACCUCACUACUUGUGUUCCAGGUGCAAUACAAAGUGGUGCCAUUAUACACACGAUAGCUUUGGGUACAUCCGCUGCCCAGGCUCUGAGGCAAAUGGCAGACAAGACUGGAGGGAAAUUUAUCAUAGCCACUGAUGAUUUAACCUCCAACAUGUUAGUGGAUGCAUUUGCUUCACUUACAAUACCAACUGGAGACUACACAAAAGAACCAGUUCAGUGCUGUGAAAAUGCUGAUCUCGUCUCGGAGCACCGAGAGGAUCCUCACGACCUGCAACACGCAGAUGAAGGUCCCUUGGAGUAUAGGUUUGCUCUUCUGAGCUUCACCUUGUUGCUGACAUCUGUCAUUGCCUUUCUGGAUGAGAAGCUUGAAACGUGGUGGGCUGUGACACGUAGAAGAGGGGGGAGGGGACCAAGGGGACCGAGUGUCGGAGAGCCAAGAGACUAUCGGGGGAAAGGCAAACAGGCUCUUAGCUGUAACACAGGGGUUGAUCUCAAUACUGGGGCUCACACUACUCACGAGCGGCCGCACACAGUGGGUGCUUUCAAAAGUGGCCCCGAUUCGGGGAUGGUGGACUUACGCGCCGUGGUACGUUCUUCCCACACGCCGCUGGUGCUAUCAGCGGGGGAGAUCCAACACUGCCACGCCAAGCCGAACGCUGCCCUCUCCUCUCGUUCCUUUAACUCCCGAGAGCCGGGAAAGGGGCGCACCUUUAUGUCUCACCACCGUUCCACCGAACCGGCCACGUAUGAAGAUGACAGAACCAGCACUCCACCGAAUCUCCAAUGCAAGGGCCACACGCACAGCAUAAACAAUAAAUGGGCUGCCAGCCUCACAGCCUCUUGUUGUCUCACGGCCAGCUCAAUGGGAAAGGCUGCUAAAAACACCACACAGCAUCACAGCACUCUUUUAAGUGUAAAUCUCACAGCAAAGUCUCAGACUCACCCACAGCACUCUUCAACGCGGAUGCUGUACUUUUCGCCCCGCUGUAAAUCCACUUCCACCGUCUUCCUCUGUCUACUCACGGCUGGUGACUGGAAGUACAGUAUUCUGAGUGGAAGAUCUCAGUCUUUGACUAUAACUGUAACCAGUCAAGCAGCAGAUGCUGAUGUUCCUCCUAUCAUUGUCAAAGCUCAUGUUAACCAGCAGGUUAGUGAUGGCAGUAAACCCAUGAUUGUGUUUGCUGAAGUUAGUCAGAAUUACAGAUCUAUAGUUAAUGCUGAAGUGUGGGCCACACUGGAGCCUGAAAAAGGGACCUCAGAAAUCAUUGAACUUCUGGAUAAUGGAGCAGGAGCUGACGCUUUCAAAGAUGAUGGGAUUUAUUCCAGAUAUUUCACAAAGUUAGUGAAGGGUAGAACCAGCUUGAAAGUGCGAGUGAGGAAUAAAGAUGGACAAUCUAGGUUUACUCUCUACGGGAAGAGUGACGUUGUGAAUGAUAAAGUGAAGCCAGAGCCUUCAGUUGUUGAACAACCACUUGUGGUAGGAAACUUUACCAGAACAGCCACUGGAGAAAGUUUUGAGGUGUCUUUCACUUCAGGCAAAAAAACACCAAAUUACCCUCCUAACAAAAUAACAGAUCUUAAAGCUGAAAUUAAGGAAGACACUGUACUUCUCAUCUGGACGGCUCCAGGGGAGGAUCUUGACCUGGGAACAGCUAAAUCCUACGAGAUCAGAUGGAGCAAUGACCAUGAAAUGCUUCGUCUGAACUUCAGCGAUGCUUUUUUAGUCAACACGUCUGCAGUCUCACCUCAAGAGUCUGGAUCAGUUGAACAACAUUCAUUUAACAUGAUAAUCCAAAAUGGUGCCACAAUCUACUUUGCUAUUCGGUCUGAAGACAAAGAUGCUGUGAAAUCUAAAAUAUCCAACAUUGUUCAGGUCACAAAGAUCCUGCCUGCUCGAGGCCUGAAUUUUAUAAUUAUUAUCAUUUUUGUUUGUGUGGCAACUAUAUCUCUAUGUUUUGUUGUUGUUGUUGUGAAACGAAGACAUUACUUCCAUAAAAUCCAGAUUUACAGACGCUUUUUUUAAUGCAAACAAAUGUCAAAAACAGUACUCAUUUAAAAAAAAUCUUGCUUAAACUUUACAAUACAUCAAACCUGUUUAUUAUCAUUAGUUAAGGCAAUAUGAACUAACAAUAUGCAACACAGUUUAAAUAGAAUUUUAAAAUGUUUUUAACCUUUGUUAAUCUUAGUAAAUGGAAAUGUAUGUGUUCAUUAUUCAUGUUUGGUCAUCCUACAUUAAUUAAUGUUAACAGAUACAAUUUAUCAAUUAUGUAGUAGUUAAGUCAAUGCUUACAUGUAUUACAAAUAAUAAAUGUUGUAGAAAUGUUAAUUAUAGCUUAAUUCAUGCCAACAAAUGAAACCUUAUUGCAAAGUAUUUUUCUUCUAAACCUUUGAACCUAUGUAUGCCAUUAACAAUCUAUUUAAAUCUUCAAUAAAUAGAUUUUUUAAAGACA